AAAAUACUAAAAUGAUCACAGCUGUUAAAUAUUUUGGGAUAUUUAUGCAUUUGAGACUUUAUAAGACGUUUUGCCAUCAUUCGAGGUGGUUCUUUCAUAAUGAGCUUUGCUGUUUAUGUAUUUAACAGUUUAAAAAGUUAUCUCUUUGUCUCUAUGAAUAUAGACAGUUUAUCAUAACAAUAGCGCUCCAAAACAAAGAACCGCGGGUUACGUCGCAUUUAGAUUGCGACGCAGCUGCAUGUUUGGCCAAUCAGAGUGGAGGAACGGGACAUGGUGGGCGGAGUCUGACUUCCACAGGGAGUGGUCCGCCAAAUUCAAACAACCGGCAGCCACAAGAAACAAAGCAAAGGAUAGUUUGACUUCAGAAGACUCUACGAUUUUGGGAAAAGAACGGCAUUUUUCCAUCUCCCUAAGAUUUCAUGAUGACGUCCACUAUUGUGAGCGGGGUCUGGAGGUCGCACGCGGUCCUCGAUGAGUCAGAGCCCGACAGCUCGCCCGAAGCCCCGCAGCAGUUUAAGAAGAUGCGCUCCACCAGCUCGCUGAACUCGCUGAGAAUGUCUCUGCGCAAGCGGCUGCCCCUGAAACCGGUUCAGUCCAACGUCAACAUCUCGGAGAACCCCACCUGGGAGUCGCUACAGAUGAACCAAAAGACCAGUGUGGUCCGCAAAAUGACCCGCAGUGCAAAAAACUCCUUUGGAAACGUCUGUCAGAAGUUUCAAAGGAGCAGACAGCCACGUCAGGAGUGUCUAGUCAUGACGCCUGGUAGGACGUCAGGUGGAGAGGAGUGUGAUUGCACUGGGGCAUCACAAACCCCAAAGCGAUCUUCCGCCCGUACUAUCAUCACCCCCAGGCAAACUCCAAGGUCAGUCAGCAAGCGGACCCCUCGAGGGGCCUGUACCCCGGACGCCAGUGCCCGUGCUGUUAGGACGGUGAAGACCAGGGGCACCAGGAGGCAGCUGGUGCGAAUGGCUGCACUCAGAAGCCCUUUUGCAUCACCCAACACCAUGAACAGCAGGAGGCAGUUUGAUGAGGAUCUGGAUUGUGUGUCCAAAGGCCUAGGAAGGCUAAAACGUCUCUCUCAAGCCUUUGAUGAUGCGAUUUGGAAAGAUGAUAGGGUCCAGGCGUUGGAUCACUACCAAGGGGUCAUGAGCAAGAGCUACAGCACGACCAAGAGCAACAUUUCCAGGGGACUGAACAGGGCUUCCAUCCGAAAACAGACACGGCGCAUCCAGCGGUCCGUAAGCAGCUGGACUGAUGUGGCCAUGUCAAACAUCCGCAAAGCCACUUAAAAGAGGCAAAGUUUUCCUUACUAUCAAACAUGUAUGUUGUCUUGUGUUUCUCAGUAUAUGCCAGAAGAGGCCUUGUCCAGUAUUUUAAAUCUGUCUGUAUCUUUUAAUGGGCAGCAGCAACUGAAUAUACUGUAUCACUACAUGAAAACAUUUUAUUUUAUAGCUGCUGAUUUUUAGAUAGUGUGCUUGACAUAUUGAAGCAUUUAUUUAAAAUCGUUUCUGCUGUGAAAAGCCACCAAAAAUAUGUGAAUACAAAACGUAAGCAUAUUAAAAAAUGAAUGUUUGGAAAGGUCAAAUAAUCAGGAAAAAAUGCUAAAACAACCCAUAUUUAGGUUGUUGUUGUUUUCGUUUUGCAAAAAUAUCCAAUAUCACUACCGAACACUAAACUGACAUGGUUAGAUAGUGUCCUAACUGUGGGAGACGUUACUAAUGUUACUGUUUACUAACCGUUUUAACCUAUUUAGUUGAAGUUUAUUAACAGUGUUUUACUGCUUUGGUACUUUACUGAGUGUACUGCAAGGCAUUAGUAUUUGUG